AUGGCUGCUUAUGCAGCUCUGACUUCGCUCUUGCAUAUCUUAGAUGAUAUCAAGCAUCAUCCUUUCCCUCCGAUUUCUAUCGACGAACAACAACUUGAAUCCCUCACUCAAACUCUUACCUCCUUGCAACAAUUUCUUGAGACCUAUAAUUCCCCUGUUGCCAACACAAAAGAAGCCGAUCCAUUGGAGAUUCGUAUUGCAGAAGCAGCAUAUGCAGCCCAAGAUGUAAUUGAGUACCAUAUUGUGGACAUGAUUAAGCUGCGUAAAUCGAGUGGAGCUUAUCAUCGACAAAUAUACUCAGGAGGAGAAACCAGUACUUCUGCUGGCUCCAGCACUCAAAGUAAACCGCUCAUGUGGUCCAAUUACUUUGAAUGUCUAAUGAAACCCAAACAUCAUCGCAGGAAAAUCAGUUAUAUUGAUAAUCUUUAUCGAGGUUUGAAGAUAGUUAUAAAAGACGUGGAUUUGGUCAAGAAGGAGGCGAUGGAGAUAUCCGUGUCUGAAGCUCAGCUCCAGAGAAGUGUCUCAACAUCUGGUGGUUCGUCGAGAUCUUCCAUCAUGGUGGGGUUUGGUGAUGCAUCACGUGAAAUCAUGGAUAAGCUCACCAACGGAGUAGACGAUCGCCAACUCCAAGUCAUCCCUAUUGUAGGGAUGGGAGGGAUUGGUAAGACCACUCUCGCGAAACAUGUUUACUUUGAGUGCAUCCACAAUGGAGCGCCCUAUGCGACGCCCUAA